UCCUUCUCUAUUACUUCCGCUUAAUGUCGAUACGUAGGAAACGUUGAUUCCGCCAUCUUGCAAUUCUUUGCUGAAAGGAACUUGUACACUUCGUUAUGAGUUCGUUAAAACUACAGAAGAGGCUUGCAGCCUCUGUUAUGCGAUGUGGUAAAAAGAAGGUCUGGUUAGAUCCCAAUGAAAUUAACGAAAUUGCAAACACAAAUUCUCGGCAAAGCAUUAGAAAGCUGAUUAAGGACGGUCUUAUUAUUAAGAAACCUGUUGCUGUUCAUUCAAGAGCUCGAGUUCGCAAAAAUACAGAAGCUAGACGUAAAGGGCGUCAUUGUGGUUUUGGUAAAAGAAAAGGUACAGCAAAUGCUCGUACACCUCAAAAGGAUCUUUGGAUCCAAAGAAUGAGAGUUCUUCGUAGACUCCUGAAGAAAUAUCGUGAAACAAAAAAGAUUGAUAGACAUCUCUAUCAUUCCCUGUACAUGAAGGCUAAGGGUAACGUGUUCAAGAAUAAGAGAGUUUUAAUGGAAUUCAUCCAUAAAAAGAAGGCUGAGAAAGCAAGAGCAGAGAUGCUUUCGGAUCAAGCAGAGGCGCGUCGUACUAAAGUUAGGGAAGCGCGUAAACGCAGAGCAGAACGUAUUGCUACAAAGAAACAAGAAUUACUGCAGUCAUACCAGCGUGAAGAUGAAGCCGCAGCAGCGCAAAAAAAGUGAUCUAACAAUUUUACAGAUUGUUGUAUAAAUAAAAUCUAAAAAACAUUUACUUCUUUUAAUCUGA